AUGCAUUGUUUAUUUAUAGCUAUUGCCGCUCUUUCAUUACUCCUUCCAUCCUCCGCUUUAUUUCACGGGACUGCUGAUCACGGCCACUGGAACGAACUCCGAGGGCUCACCCACAAUACUGCGUCUAACACCACGGAGGUAAAGAAGCCAAGACUGCCUAUUGUCAUUGACACUUUCCAAAGACCAACUCACAAUGAUCUGGGAUUCUGGCACGGCGCCGGCGAGAAUCUAUCCGUGCAACAUGGACCGGGCUUCAUCCGUUUAUUCCCAACAGACCCGGACCAGAACUUCCACACACAGUUCGAUUCAAACAACUGCUACAGCCUAUUACACUGGUACAGUGAGUACCUGCACGUGGUAUUCGAGGGCACGGAUCAAUUCAGCGUCUCUUUCAACCAACACAACGACGAAUGCAACCCAAAACGCAGGCCUUUCCCCAGCGUUGCAGACUCCGUCCAGGCGGACCGGUAUGUGGUUCAUCCUGCCACUGAGUCAUUUGAUGAUGAUUGGGACGAUGACGAUGAUGAUGACUGGGAUGAUGAUGACGAUGACAUGGACGCGGAUGCUUGCAAGAAAAAGAAACAUAGGCAUGGAAAAUCAAAGGGCGGCCGACCCAAGAUCGUCAAAGGCCAUAGCAAAAUUCCAAAAGGAAGUCGAGAGCUAUAUAUCCCUCUAACUCACUUUGAUAUUGAUUUCAAUCGUGUCGUGUCGAUUUCGUUCCACGGGUUCUAUACCAAGGAAUCCGUUACUCUACAUCGCGUGGAGAUAGUGCCUGAUGUUCCAAAGCCGUCGCGGGCAAACGGUCAUUAUCGCUUGCCUGGGAGAUUGCCAAGUGGGAGGUUGGUUCUGCGUUGCUCCCGUCCGAAUUCAUUCGCGUUUGGUAUCGAUGAUGGACAGCCGCAGUUUUCUCAGCGGGUUAUGCGUAUUCUUGACGAGGAGAAAGUGAAAGUUACUUUCUUUGUUGUUGGAGCUGGACUCAGGGAUCGGUCGAGUAAUUUCACGGAGUUUUAUAAGGAGAUGUUGAAUAAGGGGCACCAAGUGGCUCUCCAUUCGAACACUCAUCCAAAGAUGGAAUCAUUGAGAACCCUCCAUGAGAUUGAUGACGAGAUUAUCCAGGCCAUGAGAACCUUCAAAGACCAGCUGAAUAUCCAGUCUUCAUACUUCCGCCCACCAUUUGGUACAGUAGCCGCCCGGCUUCGCCAGCAGCUCGCCCGACACAUACCAAACCCGUAUAUUGUGAACUGGAGUGUCGAUGUCGAAGACUGGCUGUGGGCAAAUACCUCCACCCCAGAGAAACAACUUCAAGCGUUCUACCGCGGUGUAGAGAAGGGUGGGAAUCUCGCCGUCAUGCACUACUUGAACCCAACUACCAUUGGGUACCUACCGGAGUUCAUUCGACAUAUCAAGAAGGCUGGAUACCACAUUAUGCGGAUUGACCAGUGUUUGGAGGAUGUAUCCGCUCCCCCGUUGUGA